UAAUAAUAAAUAAAAUUGGUUUAAUUGACGUGCCCUUGUGUUUUUAUAAAACUAUAAAAGACAUAUUUGAGGAUUAUCAUUCUGUAACUCUUUAUAUAAUCAUUAUGAGUGAGAAUACAUUAAAAGCGAUCUUCAAAGCCGGUGGAACUUUCGCUUCUCUUGAAGCCGUUAUAGGAAAAUUAAAUGCCUACAGCCAGAAAACGGGAUAUGAACUAGCAAAAGGGCAUUCAAAAACAUUAAAUUAUGUUAACAACUCAUCAAGUAAACCGCAGCAACAUAAAGAUAAAAUUCUGUAUAAUGAAAUUAAUUUCGAUUGUAAACAAUAUGGCGUAUAUAAGCCCAAAGGACAAGGGAUUCGCAAUCGAAAAUCUAAAAAAACAAAUUGUCCUUUUACUAUUAGAUUCUACAUAGAUCGUCAAAAAAAAACUUUAAGAGUCACCAAUAAGUGUAACUUUGAACAUAACCACCUUCCAGAGGUUAAAGCUGCAGGACAAGCCAUUAAGAAAUUGACGAAUGAACCAUCGAAACGUUCAAGAAAGAACUUAACAGCUCGCAAGUCAUCACCGGAAUUUCCCACUACACCUAAACGAGAAGAUAAAUCUGAAAAUGAAGAUGAAUCUGAAGAGGAAUUUAAUGAGAUAACUGACACUGAUGACACAGCAUCAUCUUCGGAAUUAUUCGACCAUAGUCGCCGUCGUAUUAAUGUCUCUGAAAAUAAUAAAAUAGAAAAAAUUAUUAAAAAAAAGAAGAAAGAAAAAACUAAAGUUGACUUACCUGCUGAUCCGCCAUCACCGAAAGUUCCCGCCGCGCCUGAACGAGAAGAUGAAUCUGAAACUGAAAAAUUAAAUGAGCUAGCUGACACGGAUAAUACAGCAUCAUCUUCGGGAUUACUCGACCGCAGUGGCCGCCGUAUUAAUGUCCCUGAAAAUAAUAAAAAAGAAAAAAUUAUUAAAAAAAAGAGGAUAGCAAAAACUAAAGUUAACUUACCUGCUGACCCGCCAUCACCGAAAGUUCCCGCCGCGCCUGAACGAGAAGAUGAAUCUGAAACUGAAGAAUUUCCUGAGACGAUUGAAGACCCUGAUGACACAUCAUCUUUAGAAAUAUCCGAUCACAGUUAUUAUCGUAAUACUGUCCCUGAAAAUAAUGAAAAGGUUGAAGUAACUAAAAAGAAGAAAUUAGAAAUAAAUAAAGGAAACUUGCCUGCUAAGAUUUCAACACCAAACAUCACAAGGACAACUGGAACAGCAGAUAAGUCCUACAGCGAAGAAGGUUUCCAAACUUGGACUUUAAAACCAGGGGGGGGGGGGGGGAAGUUGAAGUAUCAAAUAUGCAAGGACCUAAAAUACCACUUUUUGCAAAUCCAAAACGUCCGAAAAAAAAAACCCGUGCAAUCGGAUUGACUUCUACGAUUGUCAACAAAGAAACUAACCUGAGCCCCAAGAAGAAAAAGAAAAAAAUUGAUCAAGAGCUAGAAACACGUGGAAAAAAAUUUUCCUCAUUAACGGUUGAGCAAAAAAGUAGUUUCUUGCUUAGUUUACUAAUAAAAAAGAAUAUAAAAAUUACUGAACAUCGAAAGGUAUCACUGGAAAAUAUAAAAAAAUUAACGGUCAAAACAAUGCCACAUCCAAUAACGGCAAAUCGUCUCAAACUAAUAAAAAAUAAAUUAGAAGAAGAUGUGUACAAAAACAUACAAAAAAUAACAAAGAUGAGAAGUGACAAAAACACAUGGUUCUGCAGUAAAUGUCCGGAGUCAAUCAGUAACAAAUUUGCAACUGAGUGUGAGUGCUGUCUUAGGUGGUUUUGCGGAAAAUGUGGAAAAUCCGAAGAAGAUAAACAAAAAGUAUGGAUUUGCGCAGAAUGCGAAAAAAUGGCUUACAAGGGGAGGAUACGACCUUGGGGAAACGGAUUUGGAUAAUCUUUGACGCAGUGAUAGUACACCAUGUGGGUAUACUACCUCUGAAAUACUAAAGUGCAAUACUCAAAAAUGGCUGAGAAAAACGCACUCAAAGUUUACUCAGCACUAUAAUAUAUUAAUAG